CAUCAUGCGCAUGCGUUGCGGGACCCUGUGAAGCGGUUGGGCGGGUUCGGAGAUUGCGGCGGCGGCGGCGAUUUAGGAAGGACUUUGGGGCGGCUCCCAGUUUGAGUGAAUCGACAUAAACAUGUCUAAGCAACAGCCUGCUGAAAAGUUUACAAAUCCAGAAACUCCUGGUUAUGUUGGAUUUGCAAACCUUCCAAACCAGGUUCAUCGGAAGUCUGUGAAAAAAGGCUUUGAAUUUACCCUUAUGGUAGUUGGUGAGUCUGGAUUGGGAAAAUCUACUCUAAUAAACAGCUUGUUCUUAACAGAUCUCUACCCAGAAAGGAUAAUCCCAGGAGCAGCUGAAAAAAUUGAAAGAACUGUACAGAUUGAGGCCUCAACAGUUGAAAUUGAGGAAAGGGGGGUAAAGCUUCGUCUGACUGUAGUAGAUACACCAGGAUAUGGUGAUGCUAUCAAUUGUCGGGAUUGUUUCAGGACCAUUAUUUCCUACAUUGAUGAGCAGUUUGAACGUUAUCUUCAUGAUGAGAGUGGCCUGAACAGACGGCAUAUUGUGGAUAAUCGAGUUCAUUGCUGCUUCUAUUUCAUUUCACCAUUUGGUCAUGGUCUCAAGCCCUUGGAUGUUGAGUUCAUGAAAGCUAUACACAACAAAGUGAAUAUUGUGCCUGUGAUUGCAAAAGCUGAUACCCUUACACUGAAAGAGCGGGAAAGACUGAAGAAAAGGAUUCUGGACGAAAUUGAAGAACAUAGCAUCAAGAUUUAUCAUUUGCCUGAUGCAGAAUCAGAUGAAGAUGAGGAUUUUAAAGAACAGACCAGACUUUUGAAAACCAGCAUUCCAUUUUGUGUUGUGGGAUCCAAUCAAUUAAUUGAAGCUAAGGGUAAAAAAGUUAGAGGUCGUCUUUAUCCUUGGGGUGUUGUUGAAGUGGAAAAUCCAGAGCAUAAUGACUUCUUGAAACUAAGAACCAUGCUGAUCACUCACAUGCAGGAUCUUCAGGAAGUGACUCAAGACCUUCACUAUGAGAACUUCCGUUCUGAAAGGCUUAAAAAAGGUGGCAGAAAAGUCGAAGAUGAAGAAGUUAAUAAAGAUCAAAUCUUGCUUGAAAAGGAAGCAGAACUUCGUCGCAUGCAGGAAAUGAUUGCAAGGAUGCAGGCGCAGAUGCAGAUGCAGAGGCAGGGAGGUGAAGGAGAUAGCAGUGCAACUCAUGGGUACAAAGUUUAAAUUAUUUGAUAACUUCAUUAAUUGGAGUCAUUUAAGAUUUAGGACACAGAGCUUAUUUUGUAGGGAGAGUUAUUCCUUAUCCUGCUGUGACUUGGAAGGUCUGUUCACAUUCAGCAAACAAAUAUAUAGUUGUUGUAAUCUCUAUUUUGUAAACAAAUAAGAUUUCUUUAAUCUUUUUAAUGUUUUAAUACAAUAUGAUUUUAUUGAUGUUUACUAAUCUUUUACUGAGCUGAUUUUAUUUUGCAGACUACACAAAUGUGUAGAUUUUCCCUAGUAUAUUGUUCAUCUGAUAGUAUGGAUUAAUGCCACUAUUAUGAGUUUCUUUUUUGCACUGGAUGAUUUUAACCACAUUAUAUUUAUGAUCUGAAUUAUCCUUAAUUUUCCCUGAUUCCUUUUUACAACUGACAUAAUUGUAUGAAAAUCCCUUUAAAUCACCUUCCUUAUAAAUGUCAUGUAUUGCUUACUUCUUUGAAAUAUCAUUGUAAAGGUUUUCAAGGGAAAGACUAAAGAAAGUCUUAAAUGAACAUUCAUCUCUUGGGAUAGAGACCUUUGCAUGUAGACUGACCAACAAGAAAAUAAGUGAUCGCAUUUGCAAGUCUUCAGUGUUACUCUUUUUUUAUAUGAAGUAACAUAUAGGUCUUCGUGCCUAUUCUGGACUGCUGUACUUUUCCAGUGCUGUACAGUUAAAUGUUUCAAAUAAUUUCCAUGCAUGUAGCAUUUUUUACUUAUGUAGGUUUAAAAGGGGUAGAAUAACAUUCAAUUGUAUCUUAAGUGACUUUUUUAGAUGUAUUCCUUUAGGGUUUUUUGUUUUUAUUUUUGAAGAAAGCAAGGUAAAACUGCACCUCAGGCAUGUGUUUUUAUAUAACAAAGGAAGAUUAGAAGUAACCAUUGUGGGGGAAACUAGCUGCUCCUUGUUGAGCCCAGUAUACCUGUGUAUAGACAUACAUACUGUGCUUGGAAGUACUGGAAAGUGACUUAAUCUAAUGUCCUUCAGGCUUCCAACAUAAAAAAAAAUUAGGAUGACAUUUUCAUCUUGAUCAUUAUCACAUAAAGAUUAUCAGAAAACUGAUGUGCUUCAUAUUUUAGUCUAUAUUUUUAUUGUUCAAAAAAUAACCAAAUUAAUUAUAUUUCUUUAAGUCUGCAAGGAAUGACAUAUAGACAUAGUAAAAGAUUUACUGCCAUUUAUUAAUCCAGUAUUUCCAUUUUAAAAAGAUCACAGAAAGCUUUCACUUGGAUUUUGUAAUUUGUUUGGAAAAUACUGUAAUACUAAUAUGAAGAGUUCCCACUAAUAGUAUUUUUUCCUUAGAAAGAGGAUAAUUGUUCAACAUCUUUCCUACUCGGAAGUAACACCUACAAUCUUUUUGUGCCCUAUAUAGAUUAUAUUACUGGGGUUAAAUUAUGCUACUUGAUUUGAACACACUUGUUUACCUAGAAUGUUUUAGACCAGUGCUGAUUUCAGUAUUUUUUGUAUGGAGUUGUAAUUAUAAUGAACUAAACAGCAUGGAGAAAAUUUCCUAGUAUUUUUGAAUAGCUGUGAAAAUGUGAAUGUGUGUGCCAAAUAACUAGUAUAAACUUAACCCUAUUGUAUAUUAGUUUUCAUUAAGUAACUUUAAAAAACUCUUCAAUGUUUUCAGACAUAUUCUAUUCAUCUGCAUGUAUUGAUUGUUGUAAUUAGACCUUCAUUAUAUGUCCUUACUUGUGGUGCUGUAUUUUAAGAAUUUUGGCUUUUUAUAAUCACUUAUAAAAUCCAUACUGCUAAAAUUUAGUUCCUGAACAGUUGUAAAUCACUAAUUUGAAUUGUACUUUUUAAGUAAGGUUAAAUGUUUUUUAAAGGAGUGAAUUUCCAUGAGGCUGAAUAAUGUUUCCCAGUCUGUGCCUGGUAUAGUUAUAACAAAAUAUCUGUAUCUAUUUCUGUGAAGUAAGCUACAUUUGAAUAUUCAGACUAGAAUAAAAACUGAAUUUCUUAAGGUUUUUGUAACCAGAAAAAUGGUAAGCAUCACAAAUGGUCUCUGUUUUUGAACUAACAUGGUUGCAUAUUUAGGAGUAUAUUGUUAGAUUCUUUAACACUUUUACUGGAUUUUUAUAUUUGGGGUAUUCAAAGGGCUAUUUUUUGUAUAAGACAGCAUUAACCUAUAAUUGAUUUCCUGUACCUUAAUUUUAGCCCAGAUUAUUAGUAAACCCAAUAAACUUAUAUAUA